CGCAUUCGUAUAUAGGGAGGUGUAGACUGCAAGGAAAAUAAAUAGUACUAGUAAUACUAGUACUAGAUUAUUAACCACUAAUAACGAUUCAGUUCAAAACCAACUUAGCAGUAGUGCUUUUUUAAAAAAAAAUAAAUCGCUCUUCUCUCUCGCGAAUUAAAUCAUGGAGUGGAAAAGGGGUCCGGUAAUAGGCCGGGGCUCCUCCGCCGCCGUAUCGCUCGCCACGAGCGACGCCGGCGACAUCUUUGCCGUGAAAUCAGCUAAAAUGUCAUCAUCCAGCUCCUUACGCAACGAGCAGAUUCUGAUUUCUCAGCUCAGCUCACCUUUCAUAGUGAAAUGCCUGGGUUCUGAUAUCACACGCGAGAGAGAUGAAUUCGUGUUCAACAUUUUUCUGGAGUAUGUCUCCGGCGGAACGCUUUCCGAUCUGAUCAGAAGCAACGGCGGCUCCCUCGAUGAAACGACGAUCAAAUUCUACGCGAAUCAGAUGGCGGAGGGGCUGAACUAUCUCCACCGUGCCGGAAUCGUGCACUGCGACAUCAAAGGCCAGAACGUGCUGAUCGCCGACCGCGGCGGGCUGAAAAUCGCCGACUUCGGAUGCGCGAAGAGAGCGGAAAGCGGCGGCUCUGUUUUCGCCGGAACACCGGUGUACAUGGCGCCGGAGGUCGCGCGCGGCGAGGGGCAGGGGUUUCCGGCGGAUGUUUGGGCGAUGGGGUGCACGAUCAUCGAGAUGGCGACGGGGGAGAAUCCGUGGCCGGAGAUGAACGAUCCCACGGCGGCGCUGUACAGAGUCGCGUUCUCCUGCGACGUGCCGGAGAUUCCGAGGUGGUUUUCCGGCGCGGCGAGGGAUUUUGCGGCCAAGUGCUUUGCGCGGGACCCGGAGAAGCGGUGGACGGCGGAGAAGCUGCUAGGGCACCCGUUCCUUGACUCUGCGGAGGGCGGCGUUGGGAAGUCCACGAAGAAAUCUCCGACGAGUGUGAUGGAUCAGUGCUUUUGGGAUACUUUGGAGGUUCCGGAUUGGACGACAGAGAAUGCUUCGACAUCGGAUUCUCCGGCGGCGAGGAUCGGAGGAUUGAUCGGAGAUGGAUUGAAUUCGGAUUACUCGGCUGCGGCGGUGGGGGAGGAGGGUUGGGUGACGGUUAGGGGCGGUGCGACUGAAGAAGGAACUAAUAUGAACAUCGUAGAGCUUAUUGAAAUUGAGGAUACAUUGUUUCGUUUAAAUUGAGAUGGAAUUAGGAAAUGAUAUUGAUAUUAGUGAUUUGGAAUAUGUUGUUAGUGAUGAUGACGUAGAUGAUACUGUAUCAACAAGUGUUGUUCUCGAAAAAAUAUUGAUGAACUAUUUUUUAA